AUGCACUCCAUGCCUGACUUUGAAUCUUUGUCGUUCUUUUUCAAUUCGUUACCCAUAUACAUUCUUUUAUUGGGGAUAAUUGCUAUGGGGUUGCUUUCAUGGGCCCGACCGAAUGGUCGAAUCGCCUUCUUCCACACCAAGGACAAUAAGCUCUUCUUGACCAAGGCAAAAUCCAAUGGAAAGGAGCAGACUACUCUGUUGGAUGUCUGCCGUGAAUCAACACCGGAGACAUGUCAUCUUAACCCAUUCCUUUUCAAUGGACAUCUCCAGACCGCCUGGACUAUUAUGCAGGAUGAUAAUGUCCCCGUUCACUACAAGCGAAGAAUGUUUGAGUCGGAAAGCAUAAUGCUCGCAGGACACUAUGCCAUAGAUUUUGUCGUGCCUGCUUAUGAGGUGCCAGCUGAGGGUAAAUUGACGGACCAGGAAAGGAAACAUACCCAACCAGAAGGUCUUCCCCCGCGCACCUCCUUUUAUACUGAGGAGGAGUUCACGGCUUUCCCAUCUGAUGACACUAAGCCUAUGCUUGUGGUUCUUCACGGACUAAGCGGAGGUUCCCAUGAAGUAUACUUGCGAAAUGUGCUUGCUCCUCUUGUAGCUGAUGGCACGUGGGAAGCAUGUGUGGUGAACUCUAGAGGAUGUGCUCAAACUAAGAUCAGCACUGGAGUUCUUUAUAAUGCUCGUGCUACUUGGGAUGUUCGCCAGUCAGUGAAAUGGCUCCGAAAAACCUUCCCUAACCGCCCUCUCUUCGGCAUUGGCUUUUCUCUCGGUGCCAAUAUUCUCACCAACUACAUUGGCGAGGAAGGAGACGCUUGCCAAUUGAAGGGGGCUGUGCUCUGCGCCAGUCCUUGGAAUCUGGACAUCGGCAACGUCGCCCUGCAGCGGACAUGGAUUGGUCGUGAGGUAUAUAGCAAGACCAUGGGUACAAGUAUGAAGAAACUUUUUGAACAGCAUGUUGAUCAAGUUUCUACAAACCCCCGCAUUGAUGUCGAGGCUGUGAGAGGUAUCACUUACUUGUAUGAAUUUGAUAGACAUUUGCAAUGUCCCACAUGGGGUUACCCUACGGAGACUGCUUACUACCGUGAUGCCACCUCUACCGAUGUGAUGAUGAACAUACGCAUUCCGUUCCUUUGUGUCCAAGCCGAGGAUGACCCAAUCGUUUCGCAUGAGUCUUUACCAUACCAAGAAUUUGGUCAAACGCCUUACGGUGUCAUGGUUACUACAUCUUGGGGAGGCCAUCUCGGCUGGUUCGAGCUUGGAGGAGCUAGAUGGUUUGUUAAACCAGUCAUAAGCUUUUUGAACAAGAUGGCCAAGGAAAUCGAUACUUCGAUCCCUCCUGUGGUCGAACACCCUGAUAAAAUGCCGGGCCAGGUUGCCAGCCAUCCCGGCCCUGGUAAAGAUCUUGAUCUGGCACCAAAGCCUGAUUAUCACCCCCUGCGUCGUAGACUGGAUUUGAAGCUGCCGCUGUAA